AUGGGAAACAACAAAAGCAAUAACAAGAACAAACUUGAAGAUUCCGAAAAGAAAUCUGGCUCUUCACCUUGGUCUCGAGCCACUUCGCAGCAGCAGCAACAACAACAACGUUUGACAACUUUUCUAGGACUCAAAAACACUGCUGUUUGGAUUUUCCUCAUUGUCUUCAUUCUCUAUGUUUUGUACUCCACCAACAUCCUCACCGUCGAUCGCCACGAAGAAUGUUCAACGACCUUAGACUCCUCGACCGAAGAACAUAUACAAGCACUCACCAACACCUCUUCAACCAACAUCAACACCAGCAAAUUUCUCCAACUUGACGAUGAAGAGGAGGAAGAACAAAUGAUCAUCAAGCCACUUCUUCCUCUAAAAUCGCAACGCUAUGACACAGAACUGAAACACAUCGUUUUCGGGAUCGCGGGGUCCUCGAAUUUAUGGGCGAAGAGGAAAGAGUACAUAAAAUUAUGGUGGAGGCCAAAAGAAACUAGAGGGGUUGUUUGGUUAGAUAAAAAAGUUUAUACUAAAAAAAACGAAGGGUUACCCGAAAUUCGGAUUUCGGGCGACACGUCAAGGUUCAAGUACACGAACCGACAAGGACAAAGAUCUGCUUUGCGGAUUUCGAGGGUUGUUUCGGAGACAUUGAGGUUGGGGAUGAAGGAUGUGAGAUGGUUUGUGAUGGGAGAUGAUGAUACAGUUUUUAUGGUGGAAAAUGUUGUGAGGGUUUUGUCUAAAUAUGAUCAUAGGCAAUUUUAUUACAUUGGGAGCUCAUCUGAAAGCCAUGUUCAAAAUAUUUAUUUUUCUUAUGCAAUGGCUUAUGGUGGGGGAGGAUUUGCUAUAAGUUAUCCAUUGGCCAAAGAGUUGGAGAAGAUGCAAGAUAGAUGUAUUCAAAGGUACCCUGGAUUGUAUGGGAGUGAUGAUAGAAUUCAAGCUUGUAUGGCUGAGCUAGGGGUACCACUCACAAGAGAACCUGGAUUUCAUCAGUAUGAUGUAUAUGGAGAUCUACUGGGACUUUUAGGAGCUCAUCCAGUGACUCCAUUGUUAUCACUACACCACCUGGAUGUAGUUGAACCAAUCUUCCCUCGAAUGACACGAGUGAAAGCCCUUGAACGUCUGUUCCAAUCCACAAGACUGGACUCAUCAAGCAUAAUGCAGCAGUCUAUUUGUUACGAUAAGAAACGUUACUGGUCAAUUUCUGUAUCAUGGGGUUAUGUUGUUCAAAUCUUAAGAGGUGUAAUAUCGCCCAGGGAGUUGGAAAUGCCGACAAGAACCUUUCUCAAUUGGUACAGAAGAGCUGAUUACACUGCAUAUGCUUUCAACACUAGGCCUGUCACCAAGCACCCUUGUCAAAAGCCCUUCAUAUUUUACAUGGCCACCACGCGUUACGAUCGAACCAAAAAGCAGACCGUUGGUAUUUAUAUUCGUCAUAAAUCUCGCCACCCUUUUUGUCGUUGGAAAAUGAGUUCCCCAGAUAAAAUCGACUCUAUCAUUGUUUUGAAGAGGCCCGAUCCUUACCGAUGGCAAAAGUCACCAAGAAGGGAUUGUUGCAGAGUUCUUCCAUCACAUAAGCCCUCCACAUUGUACUUAUCAGUCGGCAACUGCCGUGGAGCUGAAAUUAGUGAAGUUGAUCAAUUAUAAGUACCCAUCAAAAUCAAAGACUUUUUUUUUUUCUUUCUUUCUUUCUUUUUUUUUUUUUUAUAAUUUG